CUCCUUAUUACCCCACACCCUCACUUCACUUUCUCCUGCUUUUCCAAGCUUUAGAUUCUGAGCUGUUUGGGUUCAUCGUUUUUACCCCUUUAUUUCACACCCCAGAAAAUCAGAGCACGUCCUGAAACUAGAAAACCGCCGAGUCCUGACAUUAUUCAGUGCGUCUGUCUGUUAGGUGUGUGUGUGUGUGUGUGUGUGUGUGUGUGUGUGUGUGUGUGUGUGUGUGAGAGAGUGUGUGUGUGUUGCGGAAAGUAUCGGCAGGAACAACAGCACAGGGGCGAUGUGGAAAGGUUGCGCACUUACGGACAGGAUCCUGAAGUUGGGACGGAUGUGACGAGUCAUGAUGAGAGGAGGUUCCUAGCCUUGUGGAAUCUGAUGCAUGGUCCUGAAUUUUGGAAGUGCAGUCGUCUUCAAUCGUCUGACCUACCCUGAAUCAUCUCUAUUCUCCGUGCUCUCUUACAGAAGAGUGCAGAGAGGCAACACUAUCCCAGUAACAUAGAUAAAUUAAAACACCAUGUCGUCUUCGUCCUUACGCCGCUCUGUGAAGAACAUAGUAAACAACUACACGGAGGCGGAGAUCAAAGUGCGAGAGGCGACCUCGAAUGACCCAUGGGGUCCUUCCAGUUCUCUCAUGAUGGAGAUCGCUGAGCUGACUUUCAAUGUGGUGGCCUUUACCGAGGUCAUGGGUAUAAUCUGGAAGCGCCUGAAUGACCACGGCAAGAACUGGCGUCACGUCUACAAGGCGCUGACCCUGCUGGAUUAUCUGGUGAAAACUGGUGCAGACCGCGUGACUCAGCAAUGCAAGGAGAACAUCCACGCGAUCCAAACACUCCGGGACUUCCAGUACAUAGACCGUGACGGACAGGACCUGGGUGUGAAUGUGCGUGAGAAGGCCAAGCAGCUUGUUGCUUUGCUCCAAGACAAGGAGAAACUGAAGCACGAGCGGAGCCAGGCUCAGGCGACACGUGAGCGCAUGGCCCGUGCCAGUGGCAUGUACAGCUCCAUGCCUCCACCCUACUCUGGAAGCCGCACCAGCCAGCCCAGCAUAGCCACCACUACUGGGGACACGUACGGUCGUCCUCGAACCUCGCCCCCCUCCUACAACUUGUCCACUCCACCCCCUCAUCUGGCCCCAGAGCUGGAGAAGGCACGGCCUCAGACCAGCGGUGAGGAAGAGUUACAACUGCAGCUGGCAUUGGCCAUGAGCCGUGAGGAGAGCGAGAAGCCACAUCCUCCUGUGGAUAUCGAUGAACAGACACAACUCCAGAUUGCGAUGAGCCUCAGCAAGGAGGAGGCCCAAAAGAAGCCUCCUCCUGCUGUCACCUUGGACAUGGAUGAAGAGACUCAGCUCCAGAUUGCUCUGAGCCUCAGUAAGGAGGAACAUCAGCAGGAGGAGCGAAGUCGCCAGGGAGAUGAAUCGUUGCUCCAGAAAGCUCUUGAAGAGAGUAAACGAGAAAUGGAAGCCAAAGCAGGAGGGCAGUCUGCCAUUUUGGAUCUGAUAGAUAUUUUUACUCCAGCCUCUGAAGCGCCACCCAGUGCCAAACCAUGGGAUCCGUCUGGAGCUGCGGGACCUCUGAGGGUCGACCUGUGGGAUUCUCUAGAUCCAAGCACCUCAAAUCGAGGUCCUGGCAGCUCCUGGGCAGCACCUUCCAGUCUUCACUCUCAGCCCUGGGACAAUCAGGCACGUGCUCCUGACCCAUGGGAAGCUCCUCAGCGUGCCACCAGUCCUGUUCCCCCAAGUCAUACUUGGCUCUCAACGGCUGCCACUGCAGAAACAAAAGGGUCUGCUGUCCCAGUCAAAGGCUCAUUAUCACAUCCUGAAAGUCCAACAGAUGGAGAUCUUUUUGAUGAUGCCAUGGAUGGCGGUCAGGUGCACGUUAAUGGCCGUAGUGUAGAAAGUCCAGAGUUAUUUGACCUGUCUCGUUUGGGAGAAAGUUUAGCAGAGCCAAAUCCUCGGACCUGUGGCACUCCGGAAGCCUUUCUGGGCCCUGCAGCGGCCUCGCUCGUUAAUCUCGACUCCCUGAUCCCGCCAAGUAGCGCUCCUAAAAACUUAAACCCGUUUUUAACAGGUGUGAGUGCUCCUUCUGUCACAAAUCCAUUCCAAAACGAGCAAGCGCGCCUCACACUCAAUCAAAUGCGUCCUAGUAGCUCCACGUCGGCCGCUCCCAACUCGCUGCAAUACAGCGCUUCUCUGCCUCUGCCUGCGAGCAAUCAGCCUUUGUCCUUACCCAGCUCUUUCACACAGCCUUCGGAAGAACAGCUUAAAGCGCUUGGGAACCUGCCUCAUUCACUGCAUCCUCUCUCAUCCAAAUCCACACAAGGACAGCCAGAUCAGAGUCAGAACCCUUUCCUCUGAGGCCAGCCAUGAACGGAGCUUCAUGUGGCCUGAAUGUAAGCUAGCUGGCCUGAGUAACAAUGCUUAUAACGGAGUUACGAAUAAACUACAGACUUGGAUGUAAACUGGAACAUAGUCCAAAUGAUUGACAACACUGUUUUAUACUAAACUUUAACUGUUUUCAGAGCUCUUUGCAAUUGCUACUUAUCCUCUUGUAUCCGUCUGAACUACAGAACCAAUGUGUCUUUUUAACCAUAUGAGCAAAUAGCCCACAUUUCUUUCCUCCUUUUUUAUUUUCUUUUCUUUUUCUUUGACCAGAAACUUUUACAGCUGUUUCACCAAACUCUCAAGACCUGCUUUAGCAAUACUUCUUUAAGUAUUACAUACAGCCUGGUGUCUUCCUCUUUCCUGCUGUAUUAUUCAUUACAUUUGACUGAUAUAGAUGAGCGGAAUAGCGUGGAAGCUAUCCAACGGCCCCAUCCCGAUAAUGAAGCUCACUCAUUCAAGGAUGUCUAAUCAGUGUGCCAGAUAUCUAACACCAGGCUGUUUUUCUUUUUAACCAUCAGUGAUAUUGGCUGCUAAGUUAACACGCGUCAUGAAGGGAACAAAUUUACUGUGUGUGGCGUGAUGACCUACUAACAGAAUGUGUGAAUAUGAGACUGUUAUUGAAAUAUAAAACAUUUCUUAUCAAAUAUAGGAAUGGAAAUUGCCGUCAUCUAA